AUGACGGAGGCAGAUCCCUCAGAGGCCUUCAAAAUGUCUACCAAGCAGCAUGAUUCAAGGCCUCUACCAGAUGUAGCCCUGACAGGGAAGUGUACCCGAGAGUGUGAUGAAUAUGGCCACUCGGACUCCUGCUGGAUGCCAGUUCGCACUUCUCCUGAAAGAAAGCAGAAGAGCCAGCCAAAACUCUCCACUUUCAUGCCUGUCGAUGAACGGGGCAGUCAGGAGAAGCUGGCCAAUGGAGAAGCCUCCCUCAUGGGUGAUCGCAACAGAAACCUCCUUAACAAAAAGUUGACCUCAUCCUAUGAGACCUUCAGCACGGCUAGUUUCAACAAAAAUGAAGAAGGCAAUCCAGAGGAUAUCCCCCUUGCACAGACAGGGGAAUACAAGCCAUCUCCUGUCAAUACUCUAACUAGAAGAGAAGUUUACCUGUAG